AUGGGUGCUUCGGGAAAAUGGGUCAAAGCUUUUAUAGGCCUCAAAAAACCAGACAAAGACGACCAUGACAAGGUGAGUGGGAAGAGCAAGAAGUGGAAGCUAUGGAGGAAUUCUUCAGGGGAUUUCGGGUCUUCAUGGAAGGGUUUCAAAGGAAAUCACAGAGCAGCUUCUGAGGGCUCAGAUUCACCAAGGGGGACUGAUGCAUAUAAUGCUGCAGUGGCCACAGUGGUUCGAGCUCCUCCUAAAGAUUUCAGGGUUGUGAGGCAAGAAUGGGCUGCUAUCCGGAUCCAAACUGCUUUCAGAGGCUUCUUGGCAAGAAGGGCUUUGAAGGCCUUGAAAGGAAUAGUGAGGCUUCAAGCUCUGGUUCGGGGUCGACAAGUGAGGAAGCAGGCUGCUGUAACACUGAGGUGCAUGCAAGCUCUUGUUCGAGUUCAGGCCCGUGUAAGAGCUCGUCGGGUGCGAAUGUCCAUAGAGGGCCAAGCUGUGCAGAACAUGAUCAAUGAACGGCGCACCCAAGCUGAUCUGCUUAAAGAAGCUGAGGAAGGGUGGUGUGAUAGCAAGGGAACGAUAGAAGAUGUUAAAGCAAAGAUACAAAUGAGGCAAGAGGGGGCCUUCAAGAGGGAGAGAGCAAUUGCUUACGCUCUUGCUCAGAAGCAGUGGAAAUCAACCCCAGAUUCAAAUUCUCGCACCAGGUCCUCAGUGUACUCUCUCAAUAAGAAUAAUGAAUUUGACAAGAAUAGCUGGGGAUGGAGUUGGUUAGAGCGUUGGAUGUCAGCCAAGCCAUGGGAGACUAGGCUGAUGGAACAGUCCCAAAAUGACCCCUCUGAGAUCACACCACCUCCAAAGAAUUGUGCAGACCCUUUUGUGAGCAAACAUUCAAAAUCUUCAGAACCAUGCUCAGUCAAAGUCAGAAGGAACAAUGUCACCACUAGGAUUUCUGCAAAGCCUCCUCACAUUGGACAAGGUACCCGCUCAUCUUCGAGCCCAAGUUCAGAAUUUCAGUAUGAUGAGAGCUCUGCUUCAUCUUCACUCUGCACAUCCACAACACCGGUUUCGGGGAACACCGGAUUGGCUUCGGAUAGAACAGAGGACAGCAGUAACUGUAGGGUACCAAGUUACAUGAACCUGACAGAGUCAACUAAGGCAAAGCAGAAAGCAAGCAGUUACCAAUCUCAGAGAAUUCAAAGGCAGUCCAUGGAUGAGUUUCAGUUUCUCAAGAGGUCUGGGGCUUUCUCUAAUGGGGAUUCUAAAAGUAGUGCUGGUUCUGAGCCAUCUUCAGUCAACUUCUCCAAACCACUUUGUAUGCCAAGCCGGUUGGAUAAGAACUCCAUGAAACUAAGGUGA